AUCCUAUCUUUAUGUCUAGUUUAAAAUCCUAGCUAGUGAGUGGGUAUUCACUAGCCUCAUUUUCACCAUCUUCCAUUAUUGAAUUUAUUGAAUUUACUAUAAAGUACAACUAUGGCCCUUAUCUAACUUCAUAAAAUAGCCAGAAAUUCUUAAAGGUGUUAUUCCUAUCAAUGUCAGAGAGAGCCUAACUUUUACAUAACUUUAGUUCCAUUAUAACUUUAGUUCCAUUAUUAUUAAUUAUUAUUAUCUUUUCAUCUCUCAUCACUAUAAGAACAAACCACAACACUUGUCAUAAGUUGCUAAUUUGAAACAUGGGAGGAAGUGUUAGUGUUAGCAAAAACAAUGAGAAAAAAUGUUCACAAAAAUAUGUAAUGAAUUUGAAAGAGAAAGUGAGAAUUCUACAAGAUGAAAUAAAGGAGAUUAUGUGUGAGAGAGAGAAAGAAAGUAGAAACUAUGAAAGAGAGAUUAUGGUAUUUACUUUUAAGGAGGUAGAUUGGAAACAAGAGAUGAAGAGAAUGAGAGAGGAAGUGAAGGAGUUGAAAGAAAUGGUGGGAGAGAAAGAAAAAAAGAUAAAAGAGAUGGAAGAGGUUGGAUUAAUGGUAGAGAAGAAUUGUGAGACUGAGUGGGAACUAAUGGGGACUAAGCUUUUGAUUCAAGAGAUGAAGGAAGAGAGAACAAGAAGAGAUGAAGCUGUUGAGAAGUGGAAACAACUUUAUCUUGCUAUUAAGAAUGAGUUAGAUGACCUCAUUCAAAGAACUUAUGAUGGGGAUGGUUUGUAUUGGAAAGCAGAGGAAAAUGGCAUCCAAAUUGAAAAUUUGAAGAAGGAAUUGCAAGAGAAAGAAGAAAGCAUCAAAUCUUUAAAAGCUCAAUUAGUUUCAGUUGAAAAAGAAAGGUACAAAAAGGAGAGGGAAUUUGAUUUGUUUAGGCAAAGUUUGAGGAUCAUGAAUGGAAAGAAGAAUUCAAUUCAAACUAAAGAGAAGCAUUUGAAAAUCAAAUUGGGAAAAUAAAUUGCAAAUAUUGGUGCAGAAUGACUUAAAUUGCACAUCCAAAAUUACACAAUUUGGUUGAAUAGGUAUUAUUAUUGUAUAUGAGUUGAUUACUUUGUAUUUUACACAAGUAAAACCACUUAUUUUCA